GGGUCAAAGGUUAACUACAAAAUAUUGACAGGACUCGACACGAACAAGAAUAUAACUAUAAGUAAAUUUGUGCGUGUUUUACCUUUACUUGAAAUAGACAACAUGGCAGAAUUUUCGGUUGUUACCCAGUCUCAGGUCACCGUGCAGAUCACAAGUUCUGCUACAUCUUUUGCAUCCGAACGACGGUUCCCGAAAAGUAUAAGGAUUGGGGAGUUAAAGGGUAAAUUAGAACUCAUUACAGGAUGUAGUACUGCUGGGAUGCUUUUGGAGGUUUUUGACAAGAAUGAUAAACUAAUAGUUAAACUAUCAGAUGACAUUGCCAUGCUAGGUUCCUAUCCAGUAGAUGAUGGUAUGAGAAUACAUGUACAUGAUCCUACUCAAACAGUUGGCGCAUUUGAAGAUGUAUCAAAAGUAGAAAAAUUUGAAUUAUCAAAAGAGGAAUAUUCAAAAAGAUCAGACUCUGUAUUAGCCUUCAAGAAGAAAAUGAAAAUGGGACAGUUUGCUGAAGUUGAUGAAGAAGAGAAGGCAAGACUUGAAAAAGAGGCACAAGAAAAACUGGAAAAUGAGAAAAAACUAGCAGAUCAAAUAAAAGUUGGAUCAAGAUGUGAAGUAAAUAAUCCCAAAAAUCCUCCAGUGAAAAGAGGCACAGUUAUGUAUGUUGGUACAACAGAGUUCUCUAGUGGUCUCUGGGUUGGUGUGAAGUAUGAUGAACCUUUGGGAAAAAAUGAUGGCAGUGUAAAAGGCAAACGAUAUUUUGAAUGUCAGAUGAAAUAUGGUGGCUUUGUAAAACCGGCUCACAUCACGGUUGGCGACUUUCCAGAAGAUGAUUUAGGCUUUGAAGAUGAAAUGUAAUGAAUCAAUUGUUCUACUUUUGUGCUUACCAGGUUUUAAAGAAAGGGAGUAAACCACUACCUUUUAUUCAUGUUGUGGCUUUCAAGGAUUGUAACUUUAAAUAUUCUAAUUCAGGUGUCAAAACUGGCAAUUUGGUAGCACAUACAGUAACAAGUUUAAUCAACACUAAAUUCUAUUCAAUUAUUGUACAACAAAGAUUCUUUCUUUGGUUGUAUUAUUGAACUAAUAUUUUCAGUCACAUACAAAGCAAUGUUGAGCAUGUAUUGAUGAAUGCCUGGUAGAUCGAGAACGUAAUUCAUCAAAAUACUGUGCGAUUCUGCUAAAAAAUAGAAUGGGGAAGCGAUUUUCACGAAUUAUAAGUACAAUGUUUUAGCAUUGAAAAACUGCAUUUUGCAUUUAAAGCAGUAAUUAUGAUUUUUUCAGAUGGAUCUUAUAUAAAAUCUGUUGACAGUUUGUGUUGGUAGAAAAUAAGUGCAAGUUCCAAAAGUGAUGCCUGAAUGAGAAUUUUACAGUAUACAAACAAUUAUUCCAGGGGGGGGGGGGGGGCUUUAGCCUUCACAGUUUGCAAUGUGUAUCAAGUCUACUGUACUUCAGUGGUAAUUAAGUGCAAAUAUAUGACACAUGUUUUCUGUGCA